ACACAGUAUAUCAGCCUAACACUAAGAGCUUUCCUUCGGUCUUAGUGUAAAUGAGAGUCUUCCAGCGCUGACACCGUCAGCUGCAGUGUGAUGAGACGACAUCUGCAUUGAAACAGAGUCAGAGUCAGAACUCGCGGAACACGCGACAGUGCACUGGAGCAAUGAUAACUUCAUACCAACAGAGAACUCGUCCUCUCAUGAUGAUCUUGUGCUUGGAAACCAUUACCUGCACGCUGUUCCUUUCACCCUUUGUGACCACCUACCCAACCGAAUUGGAGAAAGGACGGAGGAGAGUGGUUCAUGUAAUGGAGGAUGAUACAGGGGCAGUGAUAGUCCAGACUGCUCCAGGUAAGGUGGUCACUCAUCGCGGUGGCAGUAUCACCCUUCCCUGCCGUUACCACCAUGAACCAGAAGACAUCGACCCUAACCGCAUCCGCAUCAAAUGGACGAAGGUUUCCGAUGCUUUCCAGUUUGAAGACGUGUUUGUAGCGCUGGGGCGUCACCAGAAGGCAUUUGGGUCCUACCGUGGUCGAGUGUCUCUGGAACGGGCAGGGCCAGGAGAUGCUUCAUUUAUUAUUCACAACAUCUCCUUGCAAGAUUAUGGCCGCUACGAGUGUGAGGUCACCAAUGACAUGGAGGAUGACACAGGAUUUGUCAAUCUAGACCUUGAAGGUGUGGUGUUCCCAUACUACCCUCCAUCCGGACGCUACAAGCUAAACUACCACCAGGCAGAGGAAGUGUGCCGACAGCAAGAUGCAAUUCUGGCCUCUCAUGCGCAACUCCACAAGGCUUGGCUUGAGGGGUUGGACUGGUGCAAUGCCGGCUGGCUAGAGGAUGGCUCGGUCCAGUACCCCAUCUCCCAUCCUCGAGACCAAUGUGGCCACAAGGAUAGUCCUCCCGGGGUCCGCAACUAUGGCUACAGACACAAAGAUGACGAACGCUAUGAUGCUUUUUGCUUUACCUCGAACCUCAACGGACGUGUUUACUUCCUCAAACGUUUUAAGAAGGUAAACUACCUCGAGGCAGUAAAGGCAUGUCAACGUGAUGAUGCAGUGAUUGCCAAAGUCGGACAAUUAUACGCUGCAUGGAAGAUCCAGCUCUUGGACCGUUGUGAGGCAGGCUGGGUGGGAGAUGGCAGCAUCCGUUACCCCAUCGUCAAUCCUCGGGCCCGCUGCGGGGGCCCAGAACCUGGUGUUCGAAACCUAGGUUUCCCUGAUAAAAAGUUCAGCCUCUACGGAGUCUACUGCUUCCGCAGGAACUCAUAUGUCCAGUCAACAAAGGCUCCAAAAGAAACCACAACCAAACCGGCUAACAGCACCAGAAGCAUCUGAAAGUGCACAAUACUAGUCACUAGCAGCACGGCUUCUAUGUUUGACAGACAAGGCUUUUUGCACAUCUGCUAGGCUACUAAGCAACUAGGCUAGUGCUGAACACGGGGUAUAAUUGAGCUUGUAUAAUUUCACACACUUGCUUGAAAUGAGGUGUCAAUCAAACUUUUCUCUUCAGUGACAUUAGUUUCGCAGUAUACCCUGCAUGCAGAACUUAGCCUUUAGGUUCUCAACUUGUUUUUUUCUGUUUCCCAGGGAACACAAAAUUGACUUUUAAUAGUGCUUAGAAAGCUAAUUUAGCCUUAUAAUGAGUAUAGCACAUUAGCAAUAGCCCUCAAUGACCUGUUGACGACGAAGUGAUAAUAGACAAAACUUGCAUCAGAUGCUAGCAUGAACUAGAAAGCUUGGCUGCUUAUGAAAACCAAAAUUCACAGUUGUUGCCAUCUAAGCAAGUAGCAAAACUGAUUAGCUUUGCCAAUUACUAUGCACAUAAUACUAGACGCUCCUUUUUGAUACGUUUUGAAUGACCUUGCAAGCAAUAACAGAAUUAGGCAUGAUUUUCAAGAUGUUUAUUACAGUGCUAAAGCUAAAAUCUUGUGAAUGACAGACUAACAUCAGCUGCUUUACUACUUCUUAGUGGUUGAUUGCACUGUCCAUUCAGUAUCGCACAAUAGUGUCUAUGAUGAUGCAUUUUAGAUUAAAGUUAUUUACCUGUU